CUCUGUCAACUGUAAACAAGUGUUAACCUUAUUUUUUACAAGUGACAAAAACUGUUUAUUUAUUAAUCAAAAACCAUACUAUGGCAUCCGUGGAUGUCGUAAUCGAGGAAAAGAAAGACGAUGCAGUGGAUCGCCAAAAGGUCUGUCCGUUUCUUUUACGCGUUUUUGUCUCGUCGAACGGUUACCACCACAAACCCACCGACUAUAAUAAAGGUAAUACGCCCCAGAACGAGCUCCAAAUCUACACAUGGAAAGACGCAACUUUACAUGAGUUAACCCAACUUGUCAAAGAAGUGAAUCCAGAGGCACGGAGAAAAGGGACAAAGUUUAGUUUUUCGCUCGUUUUUCCCGAUAUGAGAGUCCCGAUUUAUCGAAUGAGGGAAAUAGGGAGCACAACUACAGGGAUUAAGGGACCUGAUGACUUGAAAACGCUAAGUCAAGCUAGAUUUGCAAUUGGGGAUUUUAUGGAUAUUGCCAUCACGCCGGCCGAUUCCUGGAACACAGGGGGCCGCAAGGGUUAUGCUCAGAACUACAAUAACCAUCGGCAAAGGCCCUACUAGUGUAGUUAAUUUUUAUAAAUAAAACUCAUAAAACUUUA